UCAACAAUCACUGAGUGGAUCACCGCGCAUGCAAAUUAUGUCUUGAACAUGUACACCACAUGGUGAACACUUAUGUCAAGUUUCAAUUUGACUGCUUGACACAUGUAGAAGUAUUUCGGUCCAUAAACUAUAAUAUUUUACAUAGCAGCGAUGCCUGGUCGAUUGACAACAGACCACCCAACUGAGUGACUCUCAAUCAUAUAUUAUCACAUUUAACUUUGUUUCCAAAUAAUUAUAUUUGUGGUAAGAGUAAUUCAUUCAUGUUAUGUUAUGAUUUUAAAUAUGCCAGCCAAAUAGUUAUCAUAUUUGUACAGUAUUUUUGUUAUUCUUGAGGCAAUUUUUCCUAUAAUUGACACAAAACUCAAACUGUCAGUGAAAAUCUUGAAGAUGACAUCUAUUAAGGAAAUUCUCUAUUGUGAUAUGUACAAUCCGAAAUGUGUAUUGUUUAAACAUUAGAACAUGAUUCCCUCACUGUACUGUACUGUUUGUAUAAACAUUUGGUAUGAAAAUCAUUUCCUUAUAAGAGCCGUGUUAUAGGAAAACUGGGCUGAAUGCAUGUGCGUAAAGUGUUCAAGAUUAGCCUGUUCAAUCCACACAGGCUAAUCUGGAGCAAAACUUCAGGCCUAAACUAGAUUUUAGCUAAGAAGUGACUUACUUUAAAUGAAAAAUACUUUAACGGCAGAAAGUUUCGUCCCUAAUUAGCCAGUGUUGACUGCAGUGGCUUGUCAAGUAAAACACCGUACCUACAUGCAUUAGGUUUUUCCAGAACAAGGCUCCAUAGAUUACCAGAAUCCUGUUGAUUUCCAGAAAUGUCUCAGAGGUCCGACAGUCUCAGAUGUGCGCACAUGAAUCUGCACCCCAGCUACCAGGUCAACUAACACUGAGAGGCAGAGGCAAACCACCAUCUGAAUCCUCAUCUUGAUCUGGUGAUGAAUAUUUAAAAAUAUAAGUGUGAAGGAAAAUGUCGGACUACAAGGACAUCAUUCGCAACCCGGAAACCCUGUACUGGUUUAAGGCGGCCAUGGGUGUGAAAAUAUCACGUGACUGCCUACUUGAAAUUGUAAAGGAAAUAAGUCGUGAGUGUUAUGAUAACAUACGAAGAGAGAUCAAGCAAUACCACGGUGUUUUAGAGAGCGAUGUCUGUAAUCAAUGUCACACUCCAAAUGUCCUACCGUGUGACCCUACGAACAUAUGCUGCAAAAGGUAUCGCGGAAAAUGCGCAUUCCAUGAAAUUUACAAGCAGCGAAAUUGCCCAAAUAAUUUAUGCGAUGAAAUUUGCAAACAAAUAGUAAAACAACACCGAUUUCGCUCUCAACAAAACCCACACAGCUUUAAAGGUCCUACGUGGAUCAACACGGAUGCCUCUAAAUGGUGUUCUGAACCAUGGCAGAUUUCUAAGUGCUUUAUCUCAAAAGAUGGGUACAAAGACGCCAACCAAGCAGAGAGCACCGAUUUCAACGGCAUAGUCAAUGUCAUGUACAACUGUGAAUACUUCCAAACGUAUUUCAAGGACGACCUGACGCAACAGGAAAAUGUGUGCACGAAGGCAAGAGAUGUGGGGCGUGCUGUACGACAUACGUGUGCAAUGGCCAUGAUAAGACAAGACAGUGACAGAGCCAUCGACACACUAGUAUCACUGUUGCAGAACCUAAAUCACGUCGAUCACCAAGCUACGUCACUGAUGGCAGUGGACAAGUUAACACAGCUGAAGAAUGGGACACUAGCGAUCACAGACGAAGAUAUCGCUUUAACCUUUGAACACUUCAAAGACAAUUUGACGGGAGAAAUUAAAGAAGUUCUUGAAAAGGAAAAGGAAACACUCGUCAGGGCCAUGGAUGAUGCUUUAAAGAAUAUAGGCGAAAACAUCACUGAAGCAAUCAUCGAUGCUGGAGACGACCAGCUUGCAAAGAUAAAAAGUAAAGGAGAUGAAGUGCUGAAUGAGUUGGAUAAUGUAGCAUCAGCUGUAAAAUUAUUAAUUCCGAGUACAACGCCGAAAACCAACGAACUUAAGCAUCCAGGAGUUACAGUUGACGAGAAUACACCACCCACUGUUGAAAUGAGCAGUACAUUAUCAAAAAUACAGGCGUGGUUAAUCGAACAGUACCAAGCAAUGUGUGUCGCGCCGGUUUCCAUGCUAGAUACGGACAUAGAUGUACCUUUAGAACGGAUUUACGUGACCCCGUCCAUUAAGGAGCUUAAAAGAGUCCAGAAAGACCAAAAUGCAGUGCAUCACACGGUACAGUCCACACCGUCUUCAAAUGAUGUAAGCAGAUACAAUGAGCUAUUGCUUCGUGAUAGAAAGCCGGUUAAUACAAUUUAUAUACAAGGAAAUCCGGGUUGUGGCAAAACUACGUUUUCAAACAAGCUCGUACUUGAUUGGUGUAUAGCUCAAUCGACAAAGGUUACAUCCAAAAAAGACACAAGCAGCGCAACAACUAGCAAGAAAACACCAAAGCAAAAAGCAUUCGACGAUCUUGACACUUUGCGAGACUUCACAUUUCUGUUCUUUGUGUCAUUACGUGAUUACAGUGGAUACAUGUGUAACGUCACACAGAUGAUUGAGGAUGCUAUAAAACGAAAACAACUAACGUGGGAUGACCGCGUCUGGGAGCAUAAAUGUCUUGUUCUAACCGAUGCCGCUGACGAAUGGUUCCACGCCGAAAUACCAUUCCCUCCGCCAUCUGAUUCUACUUGCAAAUGUCAUAAAGACCGCACUAUGCCGCUUUAUUUGCAGCGAAAUAACAUUACCAAUAUUAUAACCGCACGGCCGUGGAAACUUGCCGAUCUAAAAUUAAGCGAUACUUUGACGCGAACAUUUGAAAUUUCCGGCGUAUUAGACUACACGACGUUGUCGAAAAAAUUGUUUCGUGUUUUAGCCAAGAAAGACAGUAUAUCGAAAAAGGAUCAACAAGCCAAAUCUACUGAAUUCUUUAACCAAAUAAACACACACAAUUUAAAACAUAUCAUUACUAUACCAGCAAUGUGUGUUCAGUUAGUUCAUCAGUUCUACGUUGGACGUUUAACGGAAGGUUCAUGGUGUGCUGUAUACGUCAAUAUGCUAGAUAUGCACAUAGCAAGGGGACUGCAAAAACUUCAAAUCCCAAAAUUUGACACUGGAAACAAAUCAUGUGGGGAUAUACCAGAUAUAUUGAUAACAGAAACAGCCGAGUAUAUGAAGGCUAAUUUGUCGCUGGUGUAUUCCGCCAGUGAGCUUGCAUGUAAAACUCUGACAGACACUAACAAACACUCAUCGCUUGUCUUCCGAGAAAACACAAUCACACAAUACAUGACGAAAACAGAACAAGAUUACUUAAUUCAGACAGGGAUUAUCACGAAGAAAAAGUCUUUUGCACUUUGCCCAGGAAUGAAUGUUCCAUAUAUGUUUGUGCACAAAACAAUCCAGGAAUUUCUAUCAUCGUUGUAUAUUGCUAUGACGCGGACAGAAAUGGACGCAAUCAUGCACGCAAUACAGUUGGCAUAUUGUGAUGGUAAGUCUAUUUUGGACAUAGGUCAGUUGUUCAUCUUUACAUGCGGAAUCUGUCUCCCAGCAGCUGAAAGAAUGUCAAAGCAUAUCACGGAUGUCAUUACAAAUGACAUGGAAUGCAAAUUGCAGGAUGGCUCUGAGGUGUUUUUUCCAUUUUCAUUACGUAGUGAAGCUCAAAAUAUUGUAUUGGAUGGCAUCAUUGAAGGGGCGGCAAACGAGCAGGCGCGCUUCCGUCUGAAUUUCAGUCAUAUCAUAUACGAACCUGAGUUAUCCAAUAGAUACUGGGUAUUCGGACCGUAUUCGAGCAGAAUAAAGGCGGUUAAAACCUUAAAAGAUAUGAACAUGUCAAACAUUGUUAGUAUUGAUACAGCAUAUACAGGUUCUCUGGACGAAUACCCUUUGCAGGAAAUUAUAAAGCAAUCGAGAGAAACGUUGUCGUAUUUAGGCAUCCAUAAUGAUGGAAACAUUGAUCUACAGGGUGUAAAACUCAAGUACUUGGAAUGUGGUAUUAAAAUUAAUAUUACCUCUGUAGAUUGCAGCAAUAUGGUGUCAUGUACGCUCACUAAAGUAACGCAAUUAACAGAAAGGGUCCUCUUCGAGUCGUUGUCAGCAACUGGUGAAAACAUCAGAUUUCUUAACAUUGACCGUUGUGCGAAUAUUAAACUUUUCUGUGAAGCUCUUAAAAACCUUAAAUGUCUACACACGCUCAAAUUAACUGAUACACAACUUGAUGAUACGCAGCUGCACGAUUACUCUCCUGUAUCGAUCAGGCUAGUAAGGUACUGUCGAACACGUGUUUCCGUUCAAGUCAUUAAGUCGAUGGUGGAAUGGUCAAAGUCACGGGACGUUUGUGUAAAAUGUGAAUUAGCAUGGUCUACUGAUGAUCUGUCUGAGGAUGCGAAGUACGUCUGUGACUGGAUAAAGCAGCAAGACGGCAUUGCUUUUUAUGACUAUUCAGAUACUAUUAUCCCUAUCCGUGCAUGUACUAAUAUUUGCUGGAGCAAGCGUUUAAACCUUGAAGUAAAUAAUUAAGAAGUACAUUAAAUAAUGUUAUUAGCAUUAUGCAUGUAAAUGUUAUCGUGUUAUAUAUGCAAAUUUAAAAUAAGAUUGAAUAAUACUUAAAUAUUUGUAAAUCAAUAUGUGUGCUAAAAUGUGGUGUUGUUGGUCGGUUCUCUGUGAAUAAGGUAUGAACACGCCAUGGAUAUUCUGCUUCCUGGUACCGGUUGGUAUCGGUGACAAGAUCGAUUGAACGUGCCGUAAAAAUUACUUCAUAAGGAACGUAAAAAUUGCAGCCGCAUAUCGUGUCUAUAUUUAUUAAGUUGAAUGUCGGAUUAGAUGUGGAAAAAAAUUAAUUGUUGAUGUAAGAUGAAACUAACAAUUGUUCGUCUAUUUAAACAGUGUGUCGAUGUAACAAACAUGUUUCUGCAAUUCAUUGCACAUUGACAUACACGUAUACGCUGUUUGUUACCGGAGUGUUUGUGUAUCUUCCCGUUCCAGUCGCUAAUUGAUAUGAAGAUUUUCGGAGUCGGACGAGAGAUGUUCGGAAUUUUGGCUCACGCAUGACAUUAAGAUAUUUCUCUGGAUUAAUUGUGCCUGUUUGAAUCAUUAAUAGGAUCGAAAUCUUGCAGAGCUAUUAAUUAUCGAGCAUCAACGUUCGUGAAACGUGUCUUAUAUCCAUUUCAUUACCGAAUGUGAUAUGUCUAGUUUUUAUCGUAAUAAAUACAAACAUUUUGCAGUGCAGUUAUUAUCUUGUGAAACUAUUUUACCCCGUUAUUUGAUCAUAUUAUUGUUUCUAUAUAUUGUUAGCGGAAUCCGACCGAGUUCGCCGUAUAAAGCAAUUAGAUUUGUAUAUUUCUUGAAAUAAAUGUUAUUCUAAGAAAUUAAAGACGUCUGGGUCUUUGGCUGGGUGAACACCUCGUAUUUCGGAACAAAAAUUCAGUACAAAACUAAUCAUAUUUAAUUUAAAUCUUUAUGAAUGGGUUAGUCCGUGUUUUGACAUUUUCAUUCUAAUUAUAUAUCGAAGACACGCUUGUUGCGCUAUAAGUUUGGUGGACCUCUCAAAAUUUCCAUUCUUAAACAAGCGGCUUAUAAGAUAAAUGGCGAAACUUUUUAAAUGUGUUUUUUAUAUGAACUUGUUAAUAGAUCGUUGAAAUAAAAUAUUGAGUUUUUUAGAGACAUUAAUUUACAAUUCUCAGUAAUUCCAAAUAAUUUUCGACGUCCUUUGUAUAAGGAUAUUUUGCGAACAGCUCCUUGUUAUUGGUUUAGAAAAGUAAGAUUUGUUUGAUUUUUACCAGAGAUAAUAUAUCCGUUUGGUGUUCGUUUACAGGCGUUAAAAGGUUAUUAAUCUAGAAAAUGUCAAGUCAUGAGGAACUCGGAUCCUGCUGUUUGACCCUUAUGAUUGAGUCAAUGGACGCUUAUACUAAAGAAUGAUAACGUACAUGAGACUAGACGCACAGGUACAUUUGCUAUACCGCGUUUGCAAAGUGGUGCCUUAUGUUUUUGCCACUCAGUUGUAUCCUUAGCAGGGAGUUAUAUAAUAAAACAACUGUUGGUUUUCAAGAAAUACGCAUUUUUCUUUUCUUUUUUAGUUAACACUACUUAUUUUAUCGACUGCACAAUGAAAUGGAAUCAAAGAAAGCCUUUUAUUUUUGAACACAGUUUUCGUGUUGUAGAUAAUGAAUUGUUGUCAGUGGACCACCUAUUAAGUCUAUUAAGUAGAGUUUGCGAGUAAAUGUUCGCGAUAUUUGUCAUAACGAUCCCUCUGUCGUUUUAUCUGCGUCAUUUGAAUUUAUUUGAAUCAGUUUAUUGCUUUAUGGUUUAUGCACUACACAAGAAACGGACUAAACCGAUGUAAACAAAAUAAAUUUAAUUUUAAAAAUACUUAAAAGAGAGUUGACGGUCUUCCUCUGUGCACUUCCUCUUAAUAUCCUCUAUUAUUAUCAAAAGUUGCAUUUAAAUAACUUCAAUACUCAAUGAGUUUUGCUCCGCGCAAGAACUUUAACUAAAGAUCUAUAACUGUGUAAAUUCUAAUGAAAGUUUUAUUUAUAUUACUCUGCACUUUUCAUUAAGCUCUUUAUCAGUAUUUGGAAUUUUAUUUGAAUCCCUUCAUUAUUGUAUACGAUAUGCACUAUGCAAGAAACGAACUAUAGAAAGAAAUAAAGGACAAUAUAUAAAAAAAAUACCGAUUCAAAAGUUGUUGGUAUCGUACCCAGCCCUUUGAGUUAAUGUCGUAUAGCAAUGUACUCGGUUUCAUUUCAAUACCUUCAAUACUACGGCAGUAAAAUUCUCUGCACAAGUCAAUUGACGAAACAGGCAAUA